AUGGCAAGCUCUGCUGCUUCUCGAAAAGCUUUUAUUGACUCAGUCAUUAAAACAUUGGAAAUGUACGGAUUUGAUGGUCUUGAUAUUGACUGGGAGUAUCCUGUGGCAGACGAUCGCGGCGGCUCUAAGGCGGAUUACAAGAACUAUGUCUUGCUUUUAAGAGAGCUGAAAGAUGCUUUUGGGACAAAGUAUGGCCUCAGCAUGGCAAUCCCAGCUUCCUACUGGUAUCUCAGAGGGUUUGAUCUCAAGAAUAUGGUCAAGUAUGUUGAUUGGUUCAAUGUCAUGAGCUAUGACAUCCACGGUACCUGGGAUGGCCAUAGCGAAUGGACAAAAGAAGUUAUUAACCCACAUACAAACUUGACUGGUAAGACUAUGAGGCACUAUAGUCAAACUUUUUCUAAUGCUCGUAUUAACUCAUUGGCUGCAGAAAUAUCCGCCGGUCUAGAUUUACUAUGGCGUAAUUCUGUUCCUCCGGGAAAGGUGUUAUUGGGACUCGGCUUUUACGGACGUUCCUUCACUCUAGGCGAUCCCAGAUGUAAUAGCCCCGGCUGUUCAUUCAAAAGGACGGGAGAUGAAAAUUCCGGCGGAGCUCGUCCAGGUCGUUGUACUCUGAACAGUGGGACACUCUCUAAUUAUGAAAUUAACAGAAUUCUCAAAUCGAAAUCGCCCGAACUGGUUUACAACGAUGAGGCGGGAGUCAAUUGGAUUACCUGGGAUAGUGAUCAAUGGGUUUCCUUCGACGAUGCAAGAACACUGAAGCAAAAAGCUUCCUUUGCAAAUAACUUGUGCCUAGGAGGCACAUUUGCUUGGGCUCUAGAUCUUGGAGGCCCGGGCACCAUGAGCCGACCAGAUGAGCUUAAUGGGAACACAUUAAGCCUUGAUGGCGCUGACCUAGAAGGGGGUGAUAGCGGCUCUGGUGAUGUUUAUAUCUCCCCCGAGAUAUACAAGGUCGACAAGCCUGGAAUUGCGUGUAUACCUCCAUGUACCUUCAUCAUGCCCCGGCUUACACUUGAUGAGGUCACUACUAUUACAUUCCCCCCUUACACAACCUCCCUGGAAGUGUUAUGGUGGACGGCUCAAGCUAUAACUCUCCCUGGUGGUGCGAUCUCCAGCUCCAUUGGGCCCGUAAGGACGAUCCAGCCGACAACUAUCAAUAUUCCGCCGCUCACCACAUCUGUCCUUGAUAUGUGGCAUUGGCCGGUUACUCAAACAGAUAUAUCCUCAACAACAUACGCAGUAAUCAGUAGCAUUUUACCACCCCCGUUUAUGAUAACUAACAGCGUGCCCGCAGGAGCUGUAGCUCCUCCGCAAAAUACAGGAAGCGGCCAUCAAGCUGGACAACCCGAGGUACCUCACAGUGGCCAACCUAUUCGUGGUGGUAAUCAGCCUACUCAAGCCAGCGGUCAACUUACUCAAGGGGCUGCUCAACCUUCUCGGGGGGGCAGUCAACUAACCCAAGGGGGUGGUCAACUUACUCACGGGAGUGAUCAAUCCACUCAAAGGGGCGGUCAACCAACUCAAGAUAAUGAGCACUCUAUUAAUAACGAUGGUCAAGCUAGCAGGGGCGGUGUCCAGCUUUCUAAUAAUGGGCAACCUACACAAGGCGAUAGCCGGCCUACACCAGGCAGAAGGCCUGACACCUCUACUACCGAAGAUCUGCUCUCUCGAGAAUCCAGUGAGGCCGCCAAAAACACUUUUGGCAGACAUACCACCCAACCUAACCCAAAUCCACAUAAUAACCCAACCUCCUCUCCGGGUGACAGGCAAAGCACUCCGUCAAAUACAGGCCAUGCUUCCGAGCGGCAAACCACCGGAGUCCCGCCUCGGGUGUCUGAUAAAGCCUCAAAUACUCCUACAAAUGGCCACAAUUCACACCCAACGCCAAACCAGAAAUCCGAUUCCAGCACGGACAUUGUCAUUAUCCCUUUCCCAGGCGGCAAAGUUUCCCAUAAAGGCGGCAAUUUUCCAACCCCUCCUCCAGGAUCUCGAAUGUUCACACCAAAACCAUAUCCACUUAGUUCAGUCCGUGACAAUGGGAAGCUUCCAACCGUGUCGUUUACCAGUGGGCCCCCUAGCCCUACAUGCGCAAAGGACUGUGGAAAGAAAUGCAAAGGGGUGUUUUGUGACUGCAAAGACAAAGACUGCACUAACCAUGGGAAAGACUUUAUUGACCCGAAUGAUCCCGACCCUCCGAAGGACAUGGAUCGUCGGAAAUGUAUUGGUCCGCAGUGCGAAGAUGGGAACUGUAAACCGGGGAACCUUUGCAGCAACUUCGAUUGCGUUGGUCCUGACUGUCAUGAUGGAAUUUGCCUCGGCCCAAACUGUGCCAGGAUACCUUGUGUAGGGGAGAACUGUCUACCAGGAUGCAAGGGACCGGGAUGCAAAUCACCUGGGUGCAUCGGCGAAUGCAAUGACGAUGGUGAAUGUAUUGACUCUCACUGCAUGAACUUUGGCUGUACCGGCGCCGACUGCUUACCACCUUGCCUUGGAUGUCCACCUGUCUGUAAGGGUCCCCGCUGCAGGGCCUUUAAAUGCCAGGGCAAGGGAUGCAAAAACGGAUUCUGUACUGGAUCUGAAUGCAAACAGGACACUGAUGACUGCGAAAGACCAGAUACCGCGCCCAGAUGCACGGAAUCUAUCUAUAAGUUUAAACGGAGCGAAUCGGUAUUCUCCAGCACUACCAAGACUAAAUGUUCGACCGUGACGGCUUGCUCAGUGGAAGAAACCACGGUCACCAAGUCUACCACAGUUGAUAAGGGGAAAUUUCUCACUAUUAGCGAACACUACCCAGUUCAUACGCUCCUGUCCGACGAGAAGUACCAAUCCAUUGCGAAUAGCAUUCAUGCAGCACAAGUAAAGCGGGAUAAAUCUCGGUUUGGACCUACUUCUACCACCAAGGAGGAACCAUCUCGGACGGUGACGGUGACCCUUCCUCCAACCUUCACUACCGCACACGUCCAAGACAAGGGUAGUCUCCUUUGCGAUAAUGACGGAAACGGUGUGGCUGAUCGCAAAGAACUGAUUCUUGGCAUAAAUUUCUUCUGCCGCAAGUAUGACCGGUACAAAUUUGCUGGUGAUGAAAUUGGGGUAUGGAAAGACAGAACGUCUCCCGCAGUUAUUGUCCGCGGAGACUGCAGCAAGGGGAAGUGCAAAUCCUACGUCACGUUCCAGAUAAGCAGAGUAAAAGAUUACAAAGACUGUCCGAGGGAUUUUGUUGUUAGUGGCCGUGGCGAUGUCGACGACCAGUGUGGACAGAAUUUCCGACAGAUAGUGGAUAGAUGUCACACGUCGGGAGAGAAUCAUAAGGGGGGAGGCUAUUUUACGACCAAAUGCGAAACGUGGUCCAUCAAUAUCCGAACAAACAGUUACCAAGAAUACAAAAAGGAACAGUGGAAAAAGACACUAAAGAUUAGCCAUGCACCUCCAGAUUUGCAUGACCCACAAUGGGAUGAUUAUUUUCCAGGCGUGGUCGGGGAGCCUCCUCAGGAUACAUGA